AUGUUUGCCCCUGGAUACGGCGGGAUGGAUCCGGCCAACCCGCAAGAUUUCCUCAACAUGGCGCGGUCGAUGCGCCGGCCCGUCACGCAACGAUUCGACGAGUAUUACCGCUGCUACCCCAUGGUUAUGCAUCCCGGCCCUGAGCGCAGCGAGCUGAACUAUGGAUCGAAGAUCCUGCUGCCGCCUUCAGCACUUGACAAGGUGUCCAAGCUUCACGUGCAGUGGCCUCUGCUUAUGGAACUCAUCAACGGCGAGAAGGAGAGGCACUCUCAUGCUGGUGUGCUGGAGUUCGUGGCUGAGGAAGGCAGGGCGUACCUCCCGCAGUGGAUGAUGCAAACCCUCCUCCUCGACGUUGGCGACAUGAUCCAGAUCAAGACUACUUCCCUCGAGCUGGCUAGGCUGGUUAAGCUCCAGCCCCAAUCCGUCAACUUCCUCGAGAUCAGCGACCCCAAAGCCGUCCUGGAGCGCGCCUUCCGCAACUUCGCAGCCGUCACCAAAGGCGAUGUCUUCAAUUUUGAGUACAACGACACAGUCUACGAUGUGGCAGUGCUGGACGUGAAACCCGAGACGGAGAAGAUGGGAGUCUGCAUGAUCGAAACGGAUGUGUCGGUGGAGUUCGCCCCUCCAGUGGGAUAUGUGGAACCAACAAAGUCAUCAGGAAGUGGCACGAGUACGCCGAGAAGCACUCGCGGCCUGCCAGCUGGAGGGUUGCUGCACAACCAGGGCACCAUGGCCCAGGCCAUCAACUACGACUCUAUCGCCCCCUCUUCUGCCGCGGCUCAGGCGACAAACUUCCAUGGCGAGGGCAACCGUAUCGGCGCUAAGAAAGGCGGCAAGGCUCCUACUCCAAAGCCAGCUACGCCUGUUCCGGGAGCUUCGGCCGACAGGGACUCUGGCGCACCUCGCAGACGGACGAAUGGGCCACUGCCAUUACGGCUGCCCCCGAACAAGCUUUUUCUCGGGUACGAGAUCACCCCAUACAAGUCGAAGGAGCAGAAGGAGAAGGAGAACGAGGGUGCACAGAAGCCUCAUUUUGCUGGCCAGGGCCAGACGCUGAGAGGGGGUGUCAAGAAGAAGGGCGAGAGCGAGGAGAAGCCAGAGACCGUGGAGAAGAAGCCUGACGUCGGACGUCGCCUGGACGGUAAGAGUGUCACGUAG